AUGGAAUUUCAUCGGCCAGCACGCGAGUUCAAAGAGGACGUCACUUACAAGCCUACCAGAUGGGGACGGACUCUUUCGUGCGCAGUUGAUGCCUACAGGCGCUUGAAUCAGUUGGAGAAAGACCUUCUGUUCCGCGCUAUGCGUCUUUUGAAAAAAGACAAGCUGGGCGCGAAUUGCCCGCGGUGUUUUGGAGGUAAUGAAUAUUCUAAAGAGGAAACAGAACCAGACUACGUUAAUUGUAUUGACGGGAACUUCCAGCAAAGAAGACACAAAUCCUCCAGUGUCGAGGUCAGCGAGAUUCCAAUUCGAUAUCCAAACCUCUUCCUGCAUCCAAAUGAGGUCAAUAAGUGGGAUAGUGGUGUACACUCUUCUUCAAAUGAUCCACCAGACCCUUGCACACAGAUGCAUACCGCUGCAAAUGACUCACGCAGUGCCUCUACGUGGCGUGCCUGUGAUGAUACAGGCCUUUUGGCGAUGGUGUGCCGCCACGACCACGCGUUGGCUUUUGUCAACAUAGUUCAGAGUGGUGAGAAGUCGUAUUUCGCUCACGCUCUCAUUGACUGGGUACUCAACUAG